AUGCACGCCCAGGGACUCUCAGGCACGCCCAGGCACGCCCAGGGACUCUCAGGCACGCCCAGGCACGCCCAGGGACUCUCAGGCACGCCCAGGGACUCUCAGGCACGCCCAGGCACGCCCAGGGACUCUCAGGCACGCCCAGACACGCCCAGGGACUCUCAGGCACGCCCAUGCACGCCCAGGGACUCUCAGGCACGCCCAGGGACUCUCAGGCACGCCCAGGCACGCCCAGGGACUCUCAGGCACGCCGAGGCACGCCCAGGGACUCUCAGGCACGCCCAGGGACUCUCAGGCACGCCCAGACACGCCCAGGCACGCCCAGGGACUCUCAGGCACGCCCAGGAACGCCUAGGGACUCUCAGGCACGCCCAGGCACGCCCAGACAUGCCCAGGCACGCCCAGGGACUCUCAGACACACCCAGGCACGCCCAGACACGCCCAGGCACGCCCAGGCACGCCCAGACACGCCCAGGCACGCCCAGACACGCCCCGGCACGCCCAAGGACUCUCAGGCACGCCCAGACACGUUCAGGCACGCCCACGGACUCUCAGGCACGUCCAGGGACUCUCAGGCACGCCCAGGGACUCUCAGGCACGCCCAGGCUCGCCCAAGCACGCACAGGCACGGCCAGGCACGCCCAGGGACUCUCAGGCACGCCCAGGGACUCUCAGGCACGCCCAGGCACGCCCAGGGACUCUCAGGCACGCCCAGGGACUCUCAGGCACGCCCAGGCACGCCCAGGGACUCUCAGGCACGCCCAGGCACGCCCAGGGACUCUCAGGCACGCCCAGGCACGCCCAGGGACUCUCAGGCACGCCCAGGCACGCCCAGGGACUCUCAGGCACGCCCAGGGACUCUCAGGCACGCCCAGGGACUCUCAGGCACGCCCAGGGACUCUCAGGCACGCCCAGGGACUCUCAGGCACGCCCAGGCACGCCCAGGGACUCUCAGGCACGCCCAGGGACUCUCAGGCACGCCCAGGGACUCUCAGGCACGUCCAGGGACUCUCAGACACGCCCAGGCACGCCCAGGCACGGCCAGGCACGCCGGGAUCCGGCUAG